AUGAAGCACGCGACUAGCGUGUUCUUUGCCUGGAACAUCUUGAUCCUGGCGUUGCCGGUGCUAUUGCUGCUGCUGCAGAGCUUUGCAAACAACGUGCAAUGCGCGAGCGCGAACACUGCCCGCGUGACUUCGAAGACAGCCCCGAGGCCGACUCUCAUGGAUAUCUUACGUGAUCUCUUGAACGGCGUCUUAGACACCUCGGCCCCAACUUUAACCAGAAAGCUUCUGGCGGCGGAACUCUCUCCCAGUUGUAUGCUGGGAUUGUUGAAGCUCGUGCGUGGUGUCCGAAGCUUAGAACCAUGGACUUUAAGACUGAUUGACGCAACGGGCAAGUACCCCACGGGAUUACUUCAAGGAACACGUAUGGAUCUGGGCGCAUUCGACGAGUGCGUAGAGACGGUGGUGCACGACGAGUUUGGUUACGAAAGUGUUAGAGGCCAGUACUGUCUUCUGCACGCUAUGUUGGGAAACGACACUUCAAUCGUGGACUACAUGCUGCCGGCAGCCAUGAUCUCACACAAAAGGGCAGAAAAUUUGACGAGCUAUAUAUUUGAUCCAAUGGUUUCGCGCAUGACUCUGGGGAUCUGCGUCACCACUGAUUGCACCGAGCGUGAUCUCCAAAAACUGGUUGACAGAUGUCUAUUAAUAAGGUUCCUGACAUCCUUCUCUCUUCCUGGAAACACAACUCUGGUGCUGGCGGUGAACAACGACGCAACCUCGGAGUCGUACAGAUACCGAUUUAUCCACGGAAUACGCUUCUUCAGCAUCACGUGGAUUGUCCUGGGCCACUGCUACGGUGCAUUUAAUGACAAUUCGUCUCGUCCAAUGAAUGCUGUUGACUAUUUCGAAAGAUGGGAGAGUAUGAUCGUUACGGCGGGUUUCCUUGCUGUUGAUACCUUCUUCUUCCUCAGUGGGUAUUUCCUGAAUUAUACAAUAAUCAAACAAAAUCGUAACCGGGUGGUUGUUGGCGUCACUGCCAUUGUCCGCCGAUUUAUAAGGGCCACAGUUCCAAUGUUCUUCAUGAUCAUGUGCAUGUAUCUCCUGCCACUUAUCGCAUGGGGCCCCAAUUCCAAGGAACUGUACGGAAAGUUUUAUCAUGACGUUAAAAAUCAUUGGCCUAAUCUCGUACUUCAAGUACGGAACUUCAGAAAGGAAAGAAAUCCCGGUCCGCUUGUUCAUACGUGGUUCCUCUCAACGGAUUUUCAACUCUUCCUCGUAGCUGUUGCUGUUAUUCAAGUACUGAAGAAUUCAAGGUGGUGGAUGCAUUGUGUCUUCGGGAUCCUUUCCCUAGCCAGCUGUUCCGUGGCAGCCUGGCAGGUGUAUGGCACGACGCUCACGCCCUUCAUGGUUGGGAUGACGGAAGAUUACCAGAUUACAAUGGACACCCUCAACGAGUACUACAUGUUGCCAUUCUAUCACGGAGUAUGCUACUUCUCUGGAUGUAUAACAUUCCUGCUUGUUCAGAAAUUUCAUGAUGUCAAAAUGUCAAACGUACACCAGGCGCUCUGGUGGUGUUUCGGCUCAACAUGCGGUCUCUACUGCCUCUUCAUGAAAGUGGAUUGGUAUCGAAGCCGAAAUCCAACAACUGAAUUAGGGAAACUGUGCUUCGCGUUUUUCGACCGAAUCCUCUGGUCUGUCAGCAUUGCCUGGAUAAUAUUUGCCUGUAGCACAGGCAAAGGUGGCAUCCUAAACAGGUUCCUGUCGUGGGGCGCCUUUGCGCCGCUCAGCAAGCUCUCUUUCGGGGUCUACCUCAUCCAUAUGCCCUUUCUGGAAUUGCAAAGCCACAUCGCACGGGAAAGAAGCUUCUUUUCUCAUUUUACGCUGGUGUCAAAAUGCUUCAGUGCCCUCGUGUGGAGUUACCUUUUAAGCUACCUGUUAUUCGUAAGCUGCGAAGCACCCACGGGACGUCUGGAGAAGCUUGUCUUUAUGCCAACUGAUUGUGGGACGCAGAGAACCCAGAAAGACGCCCAAGCCGGAGGUGAUCCAGCCAAAUUUGACGAAGAUGGUCUUGGUCAGCGGGAUUCACCAAGCACCGAAAACGAAAAGAACUCAAACAAAAGCGCUAUUUUGAAGACCCAGUUCUGCCGCCUAUGAUGAGGAAUCAAACAUUUGAUAAACUGAUGACUGA